GGAUCGAAUUUGUUGCCAUCCAUACAAGUUUCAGACUUGACCAGGACGUUCCAAUGCGUGUCGCACUGACAGCAAGUGUCGAUCCACGCUACAGUCAACUCUUCAAACUGCAUUUGCUGCAGGACACUUUUAAAUUCACAACGAAGUACAAGAACAACUGAUGAGAACGCACACGCGUCGAGCAGACUAAAGAGAGACGACAUGAGGGUCGAAGGCACAUUUUUCCGAAUGAAAUCGAUCGCCCAAAUGACCCGCGCCGCGCUCAGGAUCUGGCAAUUCGUGAUCAAGUACACCACCAAGCCUCUGCUCAGUCAAGGAGUGGAAGACGACAUGGCAAUGGCAAAGAAUUCUCGACGGAAAUCAUUCGCCGGUGCGAGUCUUCCGACCAAGAAGAAUGGGGCAGAAAUGGAAGAACACAUCGCAUUCGACGACAUGUGCAAGCUGGUCCAACCGGACAAAACAGCACUAUACACUCCUCCUACAUCUCAAAGAAUUCAAGUGGUGGCACUCGCUAAUUGGGAGUCCGCCCCCACGUUCGUUCUGGACGAACACCUACACCAGGGUAUCCCGAAGGCGAGUACUGAUCGACUACUUAACAAGUGUAACCCUUUCCUAUCUGGGAAGCGCAGAGCUAACAGUGAGGACCUCACCUCCGAAGCGCCUACGGUCUCGACCGAUUGCUCUACAAUUCCGGAAAAUGCCGUCGAGGAAUUGGAUAUUGUCGAGGAAGAGGUCGACGACAUUGAGGAGAAAGAGGCUGCUCCGAUAAAGACGGACAUUUGUGAAACGAAAGUUGAGCAAGUUCCUACAGAGAGUGAGGGUGCGGUCGACCAAUCUGAGAGCAAGUUAGCUCAACAACAGACUGACAAGAAGAAGGCGUCGCGAUGGGUCUGGGCUGGCCACGGCCGAUGGGUCAAACACAAUGCGGAACAGACUCCUACAGACACUUCAAGCGCGAAAGCUGAAAACUUAUGGACGGUGCGAUGGGUCCAGGUUGGAUACGGCCGAUACACCAAGUACUAUGUCAACGGGGAAACAAGGGAGAAGAUUGCUGCCUGAAAUCAAUAAACAGUUGUAAUCUUCUGAAUGUGGAGUUGACCUGAGACCAUAGCGCUUGGAAGUUUCAUCCAAUUAUUUCAAUGGCUUAGUUCAUUGUAACCCUA